UUUAUCACUUCUCAAAUUCCUUCACUCCCAUAGCUUUCGCGACUGCCUUCAGUUUCAGGAUCUAUACCAAUAGAGGAUAUUCACGGGUAGUAUUCGCAUCAGCCUUGCCUAUGGACAUCGCUUCAAUGAGGCUCUCCGUCACUUAGCCUUGCCUUACCCUUCAUUCAUGACUGCCUAGUCACCCAUCCCAAGAUUUGUACAAAGCAUCUGGACACUUUCAAACUUAGGCCAUCGCAUCACCGCUACUUAAAGGACAUUAACUUGCCCCAUCUCUUUCCCUGUAACUUUCCGCACCUCUUUCUCACAACCACAAACUCCCUCACAAAACUAGGCUCAAUAGCUAAUUUCAAGCCUUGCGGACUAAAUCCCCAACGAGCUCUGUUAUAGGACCGCAGAUAUGGCCUACUACGGAAACCUACGAGACACUGUUCGUGUAGAAGAUGAUGAAGCCAGCCUGCGGUUAGCCUUGCAGCUGCAUGAAGAGAUGAAUGGUGAUAUAGCGCUUCCGGUUACGAAGACGGCUCCGAAGUCUUUUGUGACUAUUGUUCCACACGGCGACGACUGUGAUGCCGACUUAGCCUACGCUAUGCAACUCAGCGCAGAAUUGAAUGGCGGCCAAGCAUCUGCUACUUUGCAAACCUUCGAGCCACCAAACUAUGGUCCACCGCUAGAUUCUCCGGGUUUUUCCUCAACAUCUAAUGCGUCCAUUCGGGGGGUUGCUGGCUACGAAGGCGGAAAGCUCCACCCAUAUCAUGAUGAACAUCGCUCAAACUCGACUUCGACUUCUAGGACCUUCACUACGUUCAAUGAAUUCGCUUCCCAUGUGCGGACUAGAAAAUGUGCUCUUUGUAACACGAAGUUAAUUAAUGGUCAACAAGAUAUUGAGGAGUUAUUUAAGAGUUGGUUGAAUGGGAAGAGUGCUGCAUCUUCCAGGGUUAAAUGCAAACGCUGCUCAACAUCCACGUGCGUUGGAUGCAACUCAAAGCCGUCCGGCAAGAACUUUCCUACUCAAACGAACGUCCAGGGCACCCAGCUGAGUUGGUGUUGCAGCCAUGGCCGCCUUUUCCUCGUCUGGGUAACUCUUUGCGGAAUGGACCAGCAAUACUGCAGCGAGAAGCUACGGGAGGCUGCUAAGACCGGAACUCGUCGUGUUGGUUCCUCUUCCUAUAGUCACCAUGAUACUGGCAUUGGCUAUGGUGGUGGUCGUCCAGGGGAGGACCUAGCCUACGCCAACUCGAUGAAGCCCAUAAUGUAUACUAGUGGUCCCGGUCAUCAAUUUCUCCAACCCAAGCCUGCUCAGGAUGCUGGUAAGAUGAAGGCUCAAAAUGCCCAGCAAGUUUCCGAUAGCUUCAUUCAUAUGGUCCUUGGAUUCCUUGUGGAGCUUCUGCCAUCGCUAGAUAGACAAUCUAGCUUCGAUAUGGACCCUCCUGAGGCGGUAGUAUCGAUGCUGCUCAAUAGCAAGAUCUUGAACAAGGCCGCUGAGCUCCUCCGUAACGACUCACUUGAGGAUGCGACCAAACGGAAGGAUCUCUAUCAAGCGCUGCUGAACUUUCUCCGAGCAAUUGGAAACCAUCAUGUAACGGCCAGCAAGACGAUGUUUAGCGAAAGAGUGCUGCGCCCUGACACUGUCAACCUUCUUACUCUCUCAUUUGGAGGAAAUCCCGGUAGUGGAAAGGCAAAGGAGGAUACGUCUUCAUCCCUUGGAGACUGCCUCCGAAACCUCAAUCUCCAGAGCAACAUGAUGUUGCAAGGCGCCCAGCUCAACGAGAAAGAGUUCCGCAACCAAGAAGGCCAAGAUAUGCUCUGGCUCUGUCGUCAAGUCUCCGAUCUUUCGGAAUAUCUGCUCGUAAAUACGAAAGCAGGUAGCGGCGCAGUUUCGAAGAACCAAGAGGCCGAGAAUAUCAACCAUUGCAUCGUGGAAGUGCCAGACCAGCAAAUAUUUGCCAAUUAUCACUAUGCAGCCACCGCUCGCGCAAUUACACAGUCUCCCCCAGGAAGAAUGAAGCGACUGAUUACGGAGAUCACAACGUUGACGACGGGGCUCCCACCGGGUAUCUUUGUCAAGUAUGCGGCGUCCCGACUAGAUGUAAUGAAAAUCAUCAUUGUCGGUCCGGUCGGAACACCUUACGAGAAUGGUCUCUUCGAAUUCGACCUACUCUGCACGGGAAACUUCCCCUUUGAGUCCCCGAAGGUAACCUUCAGGACCACAGGUGGUGGGACAGUGUGUUUCAACCCUAAUCUCUAUGCGGAUGGUAAAGUCUGCCUCUCUCUCCUUGGAACCUGGCAAGGGGAGCCAUGGCGUCCCGCGCAGUCAACCAUUCUCCAAGUCUUGGUCUCGAUCCAAGCAAUGAUUCUAUGCGAUGAGCCGUACUGUAACGAGCCUUCAAAUGAGACGUAUCGAGGCCGCCCAGAAUCGAAGGCAUUCAACAAGACGAUAGAAGGGUUCACAGUACGCUACGCCAUAAUGGACUGGCUCCAAAGCGCCCAUCCUGUGUGGAACGAUGUCGUAGCCUCGCAUUUCAAGAAGAACGCACAGGCCAUCCUCCAGACAGUCUUGCGGUGGGAGCAGCAUGGCCUUGGGGUCCAUCCUCCACGUGGUUGGGUAGGAAUGGUUGGACCUGGGCAGGGGAAAGCACGGGCUGAGGUCGUUUCAACCUUGCGGCCGCAGCUGGAGAUGCUCUUGCAGAAGUUUGGCGCAAACCCGGUUGCGGGACACACCGCAAGCCCGAAAGCUCUUAGCCCAAGUCACGGUGGCAAUAGACACCCUCCGGGAUAUGGAUCGCAAUCCCCAGGUCGCGGUGGAUAUGGUCUAGGUAGUUUUGGAGGCAGACACGGUAUGCCUGGUGGCUAUUACUGAUCGCAACACAUUCAUCGGUUGCUCGCUGGAGAUUGAUGCAAUGUUGCACACAAGAAUGAUGGAGGGGAAAGAUAUGAUCUGGGCACUGGCAAUCUCUUAACGUAAACGAUACUGGGCAGGAGUUUUCUUGAGCACAUGCGAAUUUUAUUCACUUUUCCAGGCUUAAUAUUUUGGAAGCUGAGCUCUAGAGUGCAUUUGAGUAAUGAAUUCCAG